GACUGAAUGCAUCUGAACAUAAAACAAAAUCUGAAAAAAUGUUGACAAUGAAUCAGGUUAAUGUAAAGAGAUAUUCAGUUUAGGUAAGUUAAUUCUGCAUCACAUUUAAAAUAGAUCAUCUUGAGUUCCCUGGCUAUUUUUUAUGUUUAUAAAUAACUAUAAAUUAUCUAUUUGGAAAUAGAGUCCAAGGAAAAACCUCAUACUGACAUUGUUCAGCAUCCCUCAGUGAAAAGGUUUGAAAAAGAAUAAUUCCUGUCGUUGAUAACCACUGAAAAAUAGCCUAAAUAGAAAGAAAAUUAUGCUUUCCUCAGCUGCUGCUAAGGUGCUCAGUCCUUCCGAGGAAGCUAAGACUGCAUUGGGGUGUAGGCCCUCACUUCAUCUGGCGACGGCACCAUGCCCGGCAGCCCCUGCCUAGCAUUCGCCCGCACCAUGGCCUCCAACUCGGAGCUCACCUGCAUCUACUCAGCCCUCAUCCUGCCCGACAAUGAGGUGACAGUCACCGAGGAUAAGAUCAAUGCCCUCAUUAAAGCAGCCAGUGUAAAUGUUGAACUUUUCAGGCUAGGCUUGUUUGCAAAGGCUUUGGCCAGUGUCAACAUUGGGAGCCUCAUCUGCAAUGUGGGGGCAGGUGGACCUGCCCCAGCAUCUGGGGCUGCACCGGCAGGAGGUCCUGCCCCCUCCACCACUGCAGCCCCAGCUGAGGAGAAGAAAGUGGAAGCAAAGAAAGAAGAAUCUGAAGAGUCUGAUGAUGACAUGGGCUUUGGUCUUUAUAACUAAACCUCUUUAGUAACACAUUCAAUAAAA